GAAUGGAUCCUGGGGUUUUGGUCUCAUUCCAGCCAAGCUGAGUGAUAUGCACUGGUGCCUUGCUUUGCAGUUAGCUUUGGGCUGACUGCUGAGUUGCAUCACAGUAUCAAAGACAGUUUAAUUCAGAGUUCUUGGAACCACUGAUAGUUCUGCACCAUUUGUGUUGUUAGUCCACCUUACACAUUCUUUCACAAAUUGGGAGACAUUGCUGUUUUCCUAAUAAAAGUUGUCAUUUCCCUUCCUUGUACCUCUUUAUUUCCACUGAACCAUGGUUGAGACUUGACUGGGACAAUUUUCUGGGAUUGUAGGAACAUGUUGUGACUACCCUUCCUAUAGAUUUCCCAGUCAAACCCAAACAUCCCCUCUCACAGCUUAAAAAAUUGUAAAUCUGAAGCUGAAAUCCAAAGCAAAACUGUAGCUCCCAAAUUCCAUAAUGUAGACUCCAACCACAUACUUGCACUCUUCUCCUACCUACCUGUAGGGAGCAUGUAUUGGUUCGAAACACACACAUGCGCACACACACACAGUCUAAGAAACAUGGACAAAGACAUGCACAUUCCUCACAAUUGAAAUCGGUAGUACUUGGGCAGCAGGGAGGGAAAGAAAAUCUAUUGGCUAGGAUAACUGUCAUUCAAUGCAGUUAUUUCCUUUUUAAGGUCAAGAAUUUCUUGUAUGACAAAUCAAAAGGACCAGACAAGGCCUAUCAUUAGUUACGAUAUUUCAGGAUAGUGUUUUUUCAUACUUGGUAGUAUGCUAAUCUGCCUUCAUUGUUCAUGGGUAUAUUGUCCUAGCAACCCAUAUUGUACUGGAUCAUUUGGAUCCCAGUUAGGGUUUUGUUUCAUUGCAGGUGCAAUGGCUUUUUUCCUUGUGGGGAUGGCAAUUGAUCAGUAUGUGGCCAUCUGUGUGCCACUGUGCUACUUGUCUGUCAUGAACUGGAAUAUGUGCACAGGAUUGGUGGCAACUGCAUGGUUCAGUGGAUUUCUUCAUUCUAUUGUACAGAUUGAUUUUCUUCUCCAGCUGCUAUUUUGUGGUCCAAAUGUACUGGACAAUUUCUACUGUGAUGUCCCUCAAGUCAUCAAACUGACCUGCACUGAUACUCUCAUGGCUGAACUACAGAUAGUGUUUAAUAGUAGAGUGAUUAUUAUUGCUCUUUUUGUAAUUUCUUACACUGACAUCUUGCUUAAGAUAAGGACAUGCACCACAGAAGGGAAAUGGAAAGCCCUGUCUACCUGUGGAACCCAGAUAACUGUUGUGAGCUUAAUAUUCAUCCCCUGCAUCUUCAUCUAUGCCCAACCUUUUAAGAAAUUCCCUAGGGACAAGGUGGCCUCCCUUGUUUAUACUGUGGUCACUCCAAUGGUAAAUCCAAUGACUCACACAUUGAAAAACACUGAGAUGAAAAAGGCCAUGAGGAGAACACUGGGAAAAAUAUUUCUCUCAGGAGGAAUACAGAAACCAGACCAGACAGCAGAUCCAAAGACAUCAGGUCUGGUGCUUCCAUGAGAAAACUGUUCAUCUCUCCUUCAGUAAGUGAGCAACUUUCUAGGUGUGAGAUGAAGGCAACAUUCACCUCCCAUCAGCUUAGGAAGGUCAGUCACGUGUUUUCUUGUCCUCCAUGGAAUGUGCAGUAUGGUGUGAUUUCUAGAGCCUAAUAAGAGUUUUCUGCAAUAAAUGACCUGCAAAGACAUCACCAUGGCACACCCGGGGUACUGACCAUGUGAGAGGCCCUAACCUCGCCCUUGUUCUCUCUGGUGGAAAUCACAGCUGGGCAUUCCACUCCAGCAUGUCUCACUUCUCUUCAGCAAUCUAGUGUAGUUUCAUCUCUAGGUUAGCAUACCAGAAAACUAGCUUGGCAAACUUGAUUUUUAUAUCUGCUUGUCACAUAGUUACAAAGGGUCUUUAUAGUAGAGUCAGAUAUAGGUUCAUUGUACUCCUUUUCCCUCUCUUAUCCUCACUUUGGAUGGACUGUGUAGAUUUUAGGAUCAGUCCUGGAAAUAAGCAUCCUGGUCCCACAUUAGACAACAAGGAGCUGGUUGAGGGAUAAGAUUGUCCCAGGGCUCACUCAAGGGUGCUUCAGGGAUGGAGGUUCUGCCCCCACACCAUUCCCCUCUUCUUUGCUCUGCCCCAUCCUCCAGUUUUAUCUCAGCAAUCCUCACAUGAUCAUGGUCUCCUACAAAUCCAGAGUCUUCUACACGGAACAGGCAUUCUGAACAUAAUGCUAAAGAAGGACAAAUGUGACAAGUGAGGAGGCAGACCUCCCGUGGUGUUUCUGAAUCACUAAGAAAUUAAAAUUUAUUUGUAGAUCCUGAUAGAAGAUCUAAAAUUUUUUUUUGAGGAAAUGUCAGGCCCAAAACUGGGCCACCUGGAACCAGGAAGAGACCUGGGGGAGCAGGAUGGAUGUAGAGAAGAGAAAAUUCUGUCUGCAGGAAUAUCUGACAUCACCUCAUGGAGGAUGUUGUAUGGAGGAGAAAACUUAGAAGUUCCCAGAUCUGCCACAGUGCUGCUGAAUACCAAGCCACCCAACCUACAAAUGACCUCAAACUCAGAAUUAGCAUAGUCCUUUGGGUCUCAGAUACAGCUAAGUGUCCUUAUGCCUCAUAUGGUAGGCUAACAAGGCCACAAAGGGCCUGUGUAGUAGGUGCCAGAGAUAACGGAGGUCUGUGCACUGCAGGUGCCACCAAAUCCCCUUCAAAGGAGCCGGAUGUCAAUACUUCUGGUCUGUUGUCUGAGGAGCUCUUAGGUGACAUAGACACUGACUGGUUGUCUUUCACUUCUGAAGGAGUGCUGAAGGACUGCUUUCAGGGUCAGUUGUGUGACAGGAGUGCAAAGGGACAGAAACUCUCCACCAGAAAGCAUGAGGCUGCUCAGAAUGGUGGUAACUGUGCUCCUCAAGGAUCAUGCUUCUCAAGGACCAUGGAGCCAACCCUGUGUGAAGAAAUUUCCUCAAUACAUCAAAUCUGAUCAUGGACACCAUCCCAGAUUGGGGAUGCUGCUGUCCAGGUGUAGGUGCCUCUUGCUGGGUUUAGAGGGAUGGUGGCACCAUGUGUAGGAAACAAGCUGUGGUCAAGGCACUGAGUUGACAGGUGGAAGGAUUGCAAGAAGGGACAGAGCAGAGAUGAUAGCAAAGUCCUUUACAGCGUUGAUGGACAUGCAGCUGGAACGCACACUUUACUGAGUGGUGAGUAAGACUCAGGGUGAGAGAGGCUGGAUGCUUGUGGCCUCUGACAGAAGGAGAUGCUCUCUUUAUAAGGCACUUUUUUUCUUUUGCCAGAGGACAGGUAGGAGAGUUAAGAAAGGGGAUAAGCAAAUAAUAAUAAUAAUAAUAAUAAUAAUAUUAAUAAUAAUAAUAAUACCUACUUCAUAUGCAGCUAUAUUUGGAUUCUUAUAGCACACAAUAGAAAAGGUUUCAUGAGGACUGAGUCCAUAAUAUGAUGGAUGAGCAGCUGACUGACAGGUCAGGCUCAAAGAGGCUGCAUGGAGGUCAAGGCCAUAAUCAUGAGCAGAAAAGCUUCAGCUGCUCCUAGGAAGUGGAGGAAGAAAAGCUGGGCCAUGCAGGCCCAUAGGAGAUGGUCUUAUGGCGUGAGAAAAAGGCAGCCAACAUUUUGGGCAGGGUCACAAAACAGUAGCAGAUACCCAAGAAUGCCAGAUUGGCCAGGAAAAAAAACAUGAGUGAU